AUGGUGGACUCGCCUCGCAUCCUGCGGCCGCGGCCGCGACGAGCCUUCGACGUGACCCCUGCCUCCAACGAGUCCUCCGAGCCCGUCACGCCCGCCGAAGCGUCCAACCCCGAUCUGCUGACCCCCAACCUGGGUCAAGAUGGUGAAUCGAACUCGACGAGCGUCAGUCGCACCGGCUCCAUCUUGAACCUGACCUCCUCCACCCUGUACGGAAUCUACAAGCCCACGGCCUUCGAUAGCUACCGCGACGAAUCGAGCCCCUGGGGCACGGAAGCCCACACGCCUACCUCCGAAUAUCCUCCCGAGCCCUCGCAGCAGGCCGCCGUGAACUCCGCUACGAACCCGCGUCAGUUCGCUCUGCGUCGCACGCGCUCGCGACUCAGCCAGGGAACGUUCCGUGGUGUGAUCUUGCCGCAGGUGCUGAGCAGUGUUUUGUUGUUUGGAUUCGGCAUUGUCUACGGGGUCAUCACCGUUCAUCUGCAUGACAACCACUGGAUUACGCCUGUGAAGCUGGAGAACACCCACUACUACGACUCGUGGCAAUACCUCGCAUUCUGGGGCUUGGCUGGUAUCGCGUUGGGUAACGUGUUGCCCUGGCUAGACAGCUGGCGCGACUGUGACCUGGAAGAGGCGGAUCAGACCAAGCGCGCCAGGGACGAAGAUGACAACGAGGAGCGCACCCCAUCAUGGGUCGCUGUCGCUCGUAGCGUGGGUGCCUUUGUCGGCAUUGCCUUUGCCAUGCGCCGCCUCCCCUGGAAAUCCACCACACAAGCCUCCUUGACUCUGGCCCUGGCCAACCCCGUCCUCUGGUACCUGAUCGACCGCACUUCGACCGGCUUUCUCCUCUCCUCCUUCGUCGGACUGAGCGGAAUGACAGUGGUUCUAGGGCUCAAGCCCGAGAUGGUCCCGGCGUCGACUGGCCCAUCGGUGGGUGCGUCGCUACUGAAUGGGACUGGAUGGGAGAACGCCCUUGGAGCAGGAAUUACACAGGAAAGCGUCGCCGUCCGCACCUGGGUCGCCAGUGUCAUUUUUUGCGCAUCCGUCUGCUUUGGGAAUGUUGGGCGCCAACUCGCUAUCGGAGCUGGUAGUAGAGACAGCCUCAGGCCAUGA